AUGGCCCCCACCGCGUGGCACGAGUGCCAGGCACGACAGGUGUCAGUGGUCUUCGCACUGCCGGAGCAGGAACCGUCGUUUCACCUGUGCAGAGUCAGUGGCGCCCAGCUCGCGACGGCUGGGUCCCGUGCGCGUCGGGCGGGCAGCCGCGUCGUCCAUCUGCACGUCGUGAGGGAGCUCGUCCAAGAGUUCCACGUCGAUUCCUUCCCUGAGCACGUCGAGAUCCUCGGCGGUACGUGGAUCGUCUUGGUCGUGAAGGCGGCGUCGCUUGCCACCGACACGAACUUCAGGGGGGCACCGCACGGGGGGGACAUGUAG